GAUCGACAGAAAGAAAGCUGAAGUUUCAGAGCAUAGAUAAAUGUAAAAUAUAUCUACAGUAUAUAACAGCACUACUACUUAAACUGUGAUGAAACCCAAGCAGCAAGAAAACAUCUCCCUACCCAAACUCUUGGAUGCAGUAGAAAAGGCGAAUAAGAAUGAAACAUAUGAUUAUACAUCUGGUCAUCUGAAUCACAACCAUCUCUUUCAGCCACAAAAAACAGAGAGGACAUUUUGGAGAAGUGUUAAAGAACUAAAACAAUCCUUGCCUGGUCAGAAGCAGUUUUCACCCAAUGAAUUCGAUAUUAAUGUAAAGAAAGUUAAGGAUAAACUUGCAACUAUUUCAAUGGAGACCAGUUUGUUAUCAAAUAGUGCUAAGACCAAAUCCUCAAAUGUUUCUGCAGGUCCUUAUACCCCAAUAAAUACACCUUUCAUGUGUUCCAAAUCUGAGGUCAAUGGCCAGGAAAACCAUGAAAGCAAAGGCCAUAAAAACGAAUUUCUCAUUAAAGAGCCAGACUUUCCUGAACUAAAAAUAUGGAACUUUGGUGCAAAAGAAACAUCACAAAAAUAUGACAAGGAUUACCAUGUUCAGCCUUCUUACCUGGCUGAACUCACGAGAACUGAUCAGUUCAACGUGUUGCUGCAGUUUAACAAAUAUGUUAUUGGGAAAGAUGAUAUGACAAAAGAUUUCUUUAAGAACGUUUUAGUUGAACACUUUGAAAGGAAACUUAAAAAGAAGCUAUUGAAGAUAGGGCAUGUUACGCCUCCACAUCUUGCUCGAUUAAAUGUCUUUAGUGAAAUUUUUGAAGAUAUCUGCAAGAACUCGUCUAUUUUUGGAAAUAUUUUGAGGCAAAUUAAGAUUGCAUAUGAACUAAAUAUUGAGAACCUUUUGGAUGUUCAGUCUGCAACUCAGUCUGAGAUUUUGAUGGCUGAAAUAAGUGGCAUGAAAAAAAGAGCAGUUCAGACACAGGACAUAGAAGAUGCUUUGCAAACUGUAAGAAGGCUGGAGCAGGAAGCUCACAUUGCCCUAGAAAGAAAUGAACAGUUAAGAAAUAAUUUGAAGGCAGAAUUGACCAGGAGUUCAAUUCAGGACACAGCUAAAGAAAUUCUACAUACACAAGUGAAGGAAUCAAAUACGAAGCCAAAUGUCCCUAGUAUUAGUGACACAUUUGAAUCAAAGAGAUGUGAAGUACUGGCAAUCAGUGCUGAAAUACAAGGCCUGGAGCAAGAAAUGAAAAAGAAUAUGACCCAUGCAGUUAACACUGAGCUACUACAGCGCCACAUUAAGGAUAUACAGGCAGAAGCUGUCAAAAUUAAAUCAUCAAAUGAAUUUUUACAAAGUGCAAGCAAGGGUCUUGGUUCUGAAAUGAAAAGGCUCCUGGCUAAACAGAAGCUAACUGUAAGAAAUCAAGGGGAAAUAAAGAAUUUGAUAGAAUGCUACUUUUCUUCUGAGGAUCAGUCCACUGCCGACUAAUGUAUUUUGUAAAUCCUUAAGUAAUUGUAUGUUUGUAAAUGUGUUUUAAAAUAAAUAACAAUAGUUGUUCCUAUGUGAUUUCAUGAA